GGUAUGUACCCCUCUCCGCUAGUGAACCUUGGUGAAACCCCACUAUCAAUUAUCAUCUCAAGCACCUACACUACUGCAGCAUCAUCACCAUUAACCCCGGCGACUUGUUACAGGGUAGAUCAAACAUUUCAUAAUUUAUAACUUUCUCGGUACUAGAAAGAACGGAAUUUUCCAACGGCGCAACCAAACCAAUCACAAUGGCCUCUCCAAGCGAUAGUCAAGCGGUAAUGGUAUCGUCAAGCAUCAUAGAAACCAUCAAGCUCGAACACGUGCCUUCAACAUAUACAGUUCUCAUCGGCCUCUUCAAGGACGUUGCAAACGCCGAGUUUCUACAGCAGCAACUACUUAGCCGGAAUGCCGAGUAUGAGUAUGCCUUCAUCGACGCUAGUUCUAUAAUAUCGCGCGUCCAAGUCUUAGCCGCCGUAUACAAGGCGAUAACGAUACAUAUGAGCGGUACCAUGAAAACGCCCAACGUCCAUUCCGAGAUCGUGUGCUCCCUCAGCCCAAACAAUAAUAUCUCAGAAGCCUACCGCCGCUUCGGAAUCACGCCGAGCAGCAAAGACGUAAUCAUCGUCAAAGUACUAACAUCACCCUCACCCUCUAGCCUAGCGCCCGAAGCAGCAGUACGGCAGCAUCUUCUCGACAACGUUCGAGGCACACCCGCCCCAUUCGCGGACGAGGUCCUGCAAUCGGGCCUUACGGACCGCGCCAAGGUACGCAAGUACUACAAGCUGAACGGCGUGGGCUGGCUAGACGGCAUCAAGGACGAGCCCGUCCGACGUAGGGAGACCGAGCUGCUGGUGCUUGGGAGUAUGGCACUAAGAAGUCUCUAGUUAUAAAUCUUACGGGGAGUUAACAACGGCGU